CAGAAUAUUGGGAAGGAGAGAUCGAAUCAGGCUGAUUAAGAACACCUUCGGUGCCUUCUGUCGAUUCCCCUCUUUCUUAAAGUCGGCUCCGUCCCGGAUUCAGGACCUCCCCUUUCCGGCUACUUCGUCAUGAGCACCGGGCUAAGGGGCGGUUGAGCAACUCAAGCGAACCGCCUCUCUAGGCUUCGCUAUCGCUCAUGACUGACGAUUAAAUCUGAGUGAGUUCCAGUCGCCGGAAUUGUGAAGGAUUCCAUUGUGGGUUACUGGGUUUCGGGCCAUUUGAUCUUUGGGGCUGUGCUUUCUGGACCAGAACAAUAUUAGCAGAAUUUUUGAACAGGUGAUCGGCUUCAUGAUAGAGGAGCAUAAUCAGAAGCAUUUGGAAGAGCCUAAGCCAGGACCAAGAGGGGUACAUUACAUUUAGUGGAUUCUGUUAAUUUGGAUGUCGCUUGUUUAGAAACAGAAAUUGGGAGGUUGGCCUACACAGUUGAUUGCAUGGAACUCAAGCUGGAGGAGUUAAGAUUACAUGUAUUUAACUUAGAACGUGCGAUGCUUGAAAUAUUGAAUGAUGAUUGCAUUGAGGAAGUUGUUUCUGAGGUUGUGGGAAUUGUGAGUUUAAAGGCCAAUAAGACUCAUAACCUGUUGAGUCAAACCGUUGUUACAACCUUUGUGGAGGAAAUGGAUGAGGAGUUGCUUGGUGAACAUGGGAGAAGCAGUCAAGACCCACUAAAAAAAUUGACCAAGUCACCAGUGCUGGAUGGCUAUGCUGAUGAGGGACCCCAUGAGGAACUCAUACAUGAGGAGCUCAAACCUGACCCUGUGAUGAGGGUUAAACAGCAGCCACAAAAGACUCUUCGUUCUCGGAAGCAACAAAGGAGUAAACCCAAAGCCCUAAUUUUCUCAAUAAGCGGUCUUAUCACACUUGAGAAUGCACAUCUCAUGAAAUUUUUAUUUAGGAAGAAUGGCAUUGGAGAAGACAAGUGGAGUGAAGUAGUAGCUAGUUAUGGUGACUACGCCGUUACUAGAAAGGAAUUUCAGUGUCUCUCUCCAGCAACUCCACUAUCUUGCAAGGCUAGACUCUCAUCUAUUUCCCAUUGUACAUAUAAUUGA